AUGGCAACACUCGCACGAACAUUGCGACCAGCUUUCCGGUGUCUCCGGAGCCAGGCCAGAUCUUACGCCGAGGCAUCUGGAAAUGAAAUGAAAUUCACAUUUGCUGGAGCUAACCAAGUAUUCGACGUACCUUCAUUCUCCGGAUCAUUCGGUAUUCUGCCAAAACACGUUCCUACCUUGGCAGUUCUAAAACCCGGAGUAGUAACAGUUUAUCAAGAUGAUGGUACAACUAAAAAAGUAUUCGUGUCUUCUGGAACUGUUACCAUUAAUGAAGAUGCCAGUGUUCAAAUUCUAGCUGAAGAAGCGCAUCCCGUGGAGAACCUCGACAACUCAGCAGCUCGUGAUAUCCUCAGCAAAGCUCAGAGCCAAUUGAAUUCAGCUUCAUCAGAGCAAGACAAAGCUGAGGCUGCUAUCGCUAUUGAGGUUGCUGAAGCUUUAGUUCAAGCAUCUUCUUAA